ACAUACACAAAUUUCACAAACUUCGAAAAAACACGACACACUCUCAUACACACACGUUGUCGCACACACAUUCCUUCUUUUCGCAGCAACAAACAUCCUCACCUUAAACGACAAUGGCCGAUGCUGAGGAUAUUCAACCCCUCGUUUGCGAUAAUGGAACCGGAAUGGUCAAGGCUGGUUUUGCCGGAGAUGAUGCUCCGAGGGCGGUGUUCCCUAGCAUUGUAGGGCGUCCACGUCACACUGGGGUGAUGGUUGGGAUGGGACAGAAGGAUGCGUAUGUUGGGGACGAGGCUCAAUCGAAGAGGGGUAUUUUGACUCUGAAAUACCCUAUUGAGCAUGGGAUUGUGAGUAAUUGGGACGACAUGGAGAAGAUCUGGCAUCACACUUUCUACAAUGAGCUUCGUGUGGCUCCUGAAGAACACCCUGUGCUUCUUACCGAGGCACCGCUUAAUCCUAAGGCUAAUCGUGAGAAAAUGACUCAGAUCAUGUUUGAGACCUUCAACACUCCUGCUAUGUAUGUCGCCAUCCAAGCUGUGCUUUCCCUUUAUGCCAGUGGCCGUACAACUGGUAUUGUUCUGGACUCCGGAGACGGUGUCAGUCACACGGUUCCUAUUUACGAAGGCUAUGCCCUUCCACAUGCAAUCUUGCGUUUGGACCUUGCCGGGCGUGAUCUCACUGAUGCCCUUAUGAAAAUCCUGACCGAGCGUGGUUACUCUUUCACCACAUCUGCAGAGCGGGAAAUUGUGAGGGACAUGAAGGAGAAACUGGCCUAUAUUGCUCUUGAUUACGAGCAGGAAUUGGAAACUGCCAAGACUAGCUCAGCCGUUGAAAAGAGCUAUGAGCUUCCUGAUGGGCAGGUGAUCACUAUUGGUGCUGAGCGAUUCCGGUGCCCCGAAGUUCUGUUCCAGCCAUCCAUGAUUGGGAUGGAAUCUCCUGGCAUCCACGAGACAACAUAUAACUCUAUCAUGAAGUGUGAUGUCGACAUCAGGAAGGAUCUAUAUGGUAACAUUGUCUUGAGUGGUGGUUCCACAAUGUUCCCAGGCAUUGCUGAUAGGAUGAGCAAGGAGAUUACAGCAUUGGCACCGAGUAGCAUGAAAAUCAAGGUUGUCGCACCACCAGAGAGGAAAUACAGUGUCUGGAUUGGAGGCUCCAUCUUGGCUUCCCUCAGCACCUUCCAACAGAUGUGGAUUGCGAAGGCUGAGUAUGAUGAAUCUGGACCAUCAAUCGUACACAGGAAAUGCUUCUAAGUUAUAAUCAUGGAGUAUGAAAGCUGGACCAGGGAAAUUACUAUUUAUACGAAUACUACAAAAAUACCAUCAAGUGGUCGAGGACUUGCAUUUCCUACUCUUUACCAUUCCUUUUAUCAUGUUUUUGUGUUUUCCUUUCUUUGAUAUGUUGAGAUAAGAGCAUGAAGGCUGGCAAGAUAUGUAAGAUUCAAAAUUUUCCCCGUUUUGUUGUAGUAGAAGAGAUGUGCAUUGUUACCGAUUUGGUUUGGUUGAAUCAACAAAUUCUUUUUA